AUGCACCCAUUCUCCGUCCUCACGCUUGGCAUCUUCGUAGCUGGGUACAUCACCGCUCGCUGGGAUCUCGUCACCCGCCUGUAUGAACUGGCCAUCUUUGCCUGGGACAAAGGUGUUAUUACUCGCUCGUUGAAGGCCUUUCUGGCCCUUAGCAUCUUCUUCGUCGUCCUGAUCAUCCCCAUCGAGCGCAUAGCUGCCCGAGAGAGCGAUAUAACCUUCAUGAUCGCCCCCAAUGGCUUGAUGCGCAUCUUCUGGCCUACCGACCUUGCCCGUUCCGACAAAGCAGGCGUCAUUGUAGGAUGGAGGAACUCGGACCUGGACAUGGUCAUCGUGACCGUCUUGUCCGAGGUUGAUGUCAGUCUCCGAGACGGUGUGCCAGCAUUCGCCUCGACAUUGGCUAAUACAAACACANNGGCACGCAACGUCGACAAUGCUCUCCGAAUGGGCGUCCUCUUUCGUGGCAGUCCCCAUCCCAUUGAGCGUAUCAUCGACAGGUGUGGCCGCUUGCCAUUGCAGGUCCUAGGAACGCUGAACCCGGAGCGCGCGCCCUCCCUCACAUUCAACCCCUCGUCUAUCCAGGUCUACUACAAUCUCCGUUCUACAAUUCCUCAAGUGCAUUGCCCUGGCGAACCGUCCAUUUCACUGCAGGUGGUCACCUUCGAUCGACCCAAUCCCUAUCGCAUGCAAUACCUGUCCCUCACGCCCAUCUCUCUAACUCUAUCGGACGCACAAGAAAGAGCAGGCAGGACACAAGUCGGAGGCUUUGGUGCUGAAGAGGCGGCUGAUAAAGCGCGAAAGCAGCAGCUGGUCGACAAGUUGCGCAUGCACACUGUCGUCCAUCAUGCCCGUACCUCGAAGGAGAUUGCUCUGCCCGUCAUAUUGAACCAAAUCAAUUGCUCAUACGAGAUUGACGAGUUGAUGCGAAAGAAUAUCGGCUUCGUGGGACAGCGUACGAAACGCAGCAUGAGUGUGAGCGAGCGCAUGGCUGAGUCGGCCGCCGACCUCUGGGACUACACUCGCUAUGGUAUACACCACGCCUUCUUUGCCUAUGUCUAUCCGGUCAUUACUCGGUUGCUAGUGCUGGCUCUGGUCGGUCAUCGUAUUGCUGGUGAGGCAUGGUUGAAGAUUCUCGAAUGGCGACCCAUCCCAGAUGCCGCCGCUCUCAAAGACAUCUCGGCUACCGCGCAGCAAAUCGACAUUCGCCUGCAGCAGUUUUGUUACUGGCCAAUUCAAUACCUUACACUGCGCAAGCGACGCACCGACUGGGGAAGCGUCACAAACAGCCACCCCGAGUACAUUCGGUUCUACAACAGUCUUUGGCUUGUCGCAAACGACAUAAUUAUUGGAAUUGCCAUCGGCUCGUACAUCAUCGAGAAUUCAGACUACGUCGCGGGUCAAGUCGAGUCUAUUGUCGACUCUUGGUUCAUCGAUGGUCUUCAACGCAUGAUAUGUUGGCUGAUGGAUUAUCCUGCUGGCCUUAAACUCAAUGGAGACUUGGCACAGUUUCUUGGUGAUCUCUUCCUCUGGAUCAUUGACUACUGGGCUGAAUGUAUGACAAACAUUCGACCUCUGCUUCCUCAUGUCAUCCAGGUCAUAGGCUUCUCGAGCUUUGCUGGCGCAAGCAUGCCCAUCUCACUCUUCUCAGAUUUACUUUCCAUUUUGACGAUUCACGUUUACGCCUUUUACAUCGCCUCGGCCCGCAUAUACAACUGGCAGCUCACCAUAAUAGUUUCGCUCUUCCAUCUUUUUCGUGGCAAGAAACGAAACGUCCUCCGAAACCGCAUCGACUCGUGCGAUUACGACCUUGACCAGCUGCUCCUGGGUACGAUUUUAUUCACGCUUCUGACAUUCCUGCUCCCUACAAUUGGUGUCUUUUAUGCAACUUUUGCUGGCGCGCGUAUGGGCAUAAUUGCUUUCAAAGCUGCUUUGGACACUUGGCUGGCUUGCUUGAACCAUUUCCCUCUUUUCGCACUCAUGCUAAGGAUCAAAGAUUCUCAGCGACUACCAGGUAUGAUCAGACCAAGUGCAUGUACAUGGGGCCUCUCUAACCAUUCAAACNNAGGUGGCAUACGUUUUGAACUUCGUGAUACCCCUUCUGCAUUCGAUUCUUCUCAUCAACAUGGUUCUACGAACCCCGACAUUGCACCCACUGCGCAUAUACAGCUACAGGUAUUGAGCCUUGUCCAGCGUCUAGGCUAUCCGGAUACUAACAUGUUACAGUCGGUGCCUCUGCCGUUUUCAGAAACGUUCUCUCAGUAUGCACAGCUCGCAUAUCGCAUUCGCAAACACUACCUCUCACCUAGCGUGUUCUUGUGCCUUUUCACCGGCCGUUUUGUUCCGCCAAUUCAUCGCAAGAGUCUGUACAGUCUGCAGUAUAGUAUGCUUCCAGCAAAACGGAUCCCAAUCGCAGAGUUGUGGAGGAAACUGAUGGAUGGAGAUGGAGCGCAAAAGUCCCACGUCAAUGGUAAUGUCAGCUCAUCUCUAGGUCGAAGAGGUCAGAGCAAGAAAACACCGGGCCAUUGGUGGAGCAAAUGA